UCCAGAUAUUUUUAGCUGUCAAAAAAAAAAAAAAAAAAAAAUUAGUUUUGCUGCUUGAAAUUGAAAAUGGGUGUGUCUUAGCAUAUUAUUUUAUUAUGAACACACUGGUUUGUAGUGCAAACAGUUUUACCAUUUACUGCACGUUGUUAUUUUUCUCGUCAUAGCGGCUAAUGAACACAAUGCAGACAGUUCUGGAGGUUAUUUUGAAAGUGACCCCCUCACUGCCGCGGACCGCUCACAGCUGUCGGGAACCAUGACACAAGAUGACGGAUACGGUUGUCGUAGAGGGACAAGUCAGACUUCGAGAGGGGAAAAAGUGGAAAAACAGAUGGGUGGUUCUUCGGAAACCUUCGCCGGUUGCAGACUGCCUGACCUUGCUGGUGUAUAAGGAGCGUGGAGAGAAGAGUAAAGGACAGCGGGAGAGGAAUCAGGCCACACUGAGGGAUAUCUGUGGACUGGAGGCACUUCAGGGGUUUGAUGGAGUGAAUUACGCGCUCGGUCUGCUCUGCCUGAGCCAGUCUGUCAUGCUGGGCUUCGACAACAAAGUGUCUCUUCUGGCCUGGGAUGCUCGUAUCCGCUACAGCCUUGGAGAGGUCCACAGGUUCAACGUCAACGUCCAGCCUGGCACCAAACUAGAAAGUGGCCCUGCCUCACUGCAUUUGUGCAACAACUUGCUUGUCAUCGCCAGAGACCUCCCUCCAACUGUCAUUGGCCAAUGGAAACUGUCAGACUUAAGACGUUAUGGUGCUGUUCCUAAUGGAUUUGUCUUUGAGGGAGGGACACGAUGUGGCUACUGGGCUGGUGUUUUCUUCCUUGCAUGUGCAGAAGGAGAACAGAUCAGUUUUUUGUUCGAUUGCAUCGUUCGUGGCAUAUCGCCAAGCAGGGGGCCGUUUGGACUGCGUCCAGUCCUGCCAGACCCCAGUGCUAACCCAUCAUCUAUAGAAGACAGGAUUAGCCAGGAGGCCAGUGAGCUAGAGAAACGACUCAGUAUGCUGUCCAUUUGUAGUCACCACAGCAGUGCAGCCUCAACCUUCAGUUAUGGCACCUCCUUGGCAGGAGACGAUCGGAGCAUCUCCAGCUCCUCCUCUGAGGCCAGCCAUUCUGAUAACAGCCUGGGCAGCCGCCUGGCGAUAUGGCCUGAGCCGGUCAGACACCCCACCCCCGUCGAACCACCACCACCACCACCAUCAUCAUCAUCAUCAUCAUCAUCAUCAUCCCUAUCCCUGUUAGGGGUUGCGCGAUCUAAGAGUACAGCCUGUUCUGUCAGCACGUCCUGUGACGAGCGUCUAUAUGGAGCAAUGAUGGCAGGGCUCCAUCCCCCGUCCAAGCCUCCUCACUCCAGAGGUCUUCAAGAGGCGGGACGCCAGAGCUCAACAGACAGUGGUAUUGCCACCGGAAGCCACUCUUCAUAUUCUGGAAGCUUCUCCUCCUACACUGGUAGUAUGGAUAUUGGGCAUGGAGAGACUGAUGAGUUUGGAUCCUUAACAAGCCUCCCUCAAAACCCCAAUUCAAACUCUAUCUCCCUUAUCAACACUCCAGUACGGACGAUUCCACAAAUUCCAGAGCACAAACCGUGUGUGUGUCCACUCAGAGAGGCUGCUCAAAUGUACCAGGUUCCCACUCCACCUCUGCAGCAUUACGACAUCCCCCGCAGGCUCCUACAACAUCAGGAGCAGUUUUUGAAUGCUGCAAGCCAGGGACAGAGGCCUGAAUGUGGAGCUCUGGAACCUGAGGGCAUCCCUGCAGAUGCCACCCCCAAACAAACUGUCCCACAGAGAUCCAGCGGGGGGGGUGAAGGAGCAGCGCCCCCUGAAGGUUCCAGUACACUGCAAUUACAGCCCGCCAUCUGUCCUGACUGUGGGGGAGGAAAGGUGGAGGAGAGGAGCAGGUGUGAGAUGAGAAGCAGUUCUGAGGAGCAAAAGUCUGAUGCUGAUCCAAAAGGCAAUUAUGAGCAGAUGGCAUUUACGACUGAUGCAUCCAGGUGGCCACAGUUCAGAGCUGGAGAAUAUGGAGAGGCAGGACUGACAGUUAUUAACAAACUUCAAGGUGAUUCUGUUAACUAUGUGAAUAUCCCCAUCAGUCCCACAUCUAAACGCCAGCUGCACUAUAUGGAGUUAGAUCUGCAGGACCGUCCAGAGUCAAGCCACACUAUCAGAGCGGCCGGCUCCAGCACUAAAUACGCCCACAUUGACAUCACUGCGACUGAGACAGCACAGAGGGUGGGAGCCCAGCAUGCACAGGGCCGAGAGGAGAGACUACAGGAACUAGAACAGAAGAGGAGAGGAACCUGAAAAUAUAAUGUAGUGGAGUCAAAACGUCUGAGACCACAUUAAAAAUAUAGAUUUUUUCCCCUUUUAAACAGGGUUUGUGUAUUUUAAAAAUGUUAGAUGAAAAUGUUUAUGUUUAUAUAUUUAAUAUAACAUUUUAAGAUGGUGUCAUAUAUGUCACUUAGGUCACUUUUGUGAAUUGUGAGCACAUUUGUGACCCUGGACCACAAAACCAGUCUUAAGUCGCUGGAGUAUGUUUGUAGCAAUAGCCAAAAAUACAUUGUAUGGGUCAAAAUGAUAGAUUUUCUUUUAUGCCAAAAAUCAUUAGGAUAUAAAGUAAAGAUCAUGUUCCAUGAAGAUAUUUUGUAAAUUUCUGAUCGUAAAUAUAUCAAAAGUGAAUUUUUGAUUAGUAAUAUGCAUUGCUAAGAACUUAAUUUGGACAACUUUAAAGGCGAUUUUCUCAAUAUUUAGAUUUUUUUGCACCCCCAGAUUCCAGAUAUUCAAAUAGUUGUAUGUCAGCCAAAUAUUGUCCGAUCCUAACAAACCAUACAUCAAUGGAAAGCUGUAUAAAUCUCAAUUUUGAAAGAAUUGACACUUAAGACUGGUUUUGUCAUACAGGGUCACAUUUUUGAAAACAACUUUUAAUAAUUUUCUUGCAUCCACUGAAGCACAAAACGUGCAUCAUCAGGUUUUACACAAACGCUUGGAGUUCAUGCAGCUCAAAUGCCAUUUGUCAUUUUUAAAGCAACAAAGAGAUACAGAAAAUGUUAACAGAUUCUUCAAUUCAUAUACCUUUUUUUUUUCAAUUUAACUUUUAACUCAAAUUGUUAUGCUGAAAAAAUGUUUGUUAGAGAAAUGCAUAUUAGAAUAAUUUUAGGUAGUGAUCUCUCAGACGUUAAGACUCCACUGUACAUCAGUGGUUCUCAACAUAGGGUCCAAGGUUCACUAUGGGGGCCUCAGUAUGACUUUUAGUUAAUAUAAUAUAAUAGAAAGAUCUAACUCUAAAUUAAAAUAGGAAAAUAAUACAUACAACCAAGAUAUAAACUGAAAAAUAUUGGAGGGCCUUUGAAAAUUGGGUUGGACUACUUUGUUGGGCUUUCAGUUGAGAACUGCUGCUUCACAGUGUAUGUUAAAAGGACAGUUCAACCAAAAAUUAAAAUUACCCCAUGAUUUACUCACCCUCAAGCCAUCCUAGACGUGUAUAUGACUUUCUUCUUUCAGACGAAUACAAUCAGAGUUAUAUCAAAAAAUGUCCUGGCUCUUCCAAGCUUUAUAAUGGCAGUGAAUGGGGUGGGGGGGGUGGGGGUUAAUAAAGCCCCCCUGAAGCGAAUCGAUGCAGUUGUUUAAGAAGAAUAUCCAUAUUUAAAACUUUAUAAACGAGGCUUGAGGGUGAGUAAAUCACAAGGAAAUUGUAAUUUUUGGGUGAACUAUCCCUUUGUGCAUUGCUGCAUUGUAUAUUAUGUACAACGUGUAUGAAUGUAUUAUUUUCCAUGGUUAAAAUUCACGUGGAAUGAAAAGGUUAUAAAUCUGAAAGCAGAUCCCAAAUGCAACAACUGUUGACUGUAAAUAUAUACUUUAAUUGGUGACCAAUUUUGUUCUGUACAUUUACACAUUGAAAUAUUUCAUAACUUUUUUUUUUCCAAAUAUUUUCUGAA